GAAAGAUUUAAGCAGCGUGAUGAGAGCCUGUUCACACCGACCGAUGUCAACUUUUACAGAGUUUGACAGCUACAUGCUACAACAGUAGCGGUGCAAGUGCUGUCUAUUUGGACAGAUAUGAACCCUGACGUUGACUACGGAGCUUCCGGGAGCAGCGGGAACGGAAAGUUGCGACAGUGGCUGAUUGAGCAGGUGGAUUGUGGGAAAUAUGCCGGUCUGGUGUGGGAGAAUGACGAGAAAACCAUCUUCAGGAUACCGUGGAAACACGCGGGCAAACAGGACUACAACCGGGAUGAGGACGCCGCGCUUUUCAAGGCCUGGGCGUUGUUCAAAGGGAAGUAUCGGGAGGGAAUCGAUAAGCCAGACCCGCCGACCUGGAAGACACGUCUCCGCUGUGCGCUCAACAAGAGCAAUGACUUUGAGGAGCUUGUGGAGCGCAGCCAGCUGGACAUCUCCGACCCCUACAAAGUAUACCACAUCAUUCCAGAGGGUGCCAAGAAAAGAACCAGAGAAGAGGACGGUCCUCUGAGUCCAGCGAGCUAUCCAGUGCACCCUGCUUACCCUGCCCUGCAGACUCAGAUGCCACAGUACAUUCCUCCUCCAGAAUGUGGCUGGAGAGACUUCAGUCAGGAGCAGGCCUCCUUGCCAGAGCUGCCUUUCACUCAGUGCCCUUGCCCUCCCAGAAGCCUGCCAUGGCAGGUCCCUCCAAUGGAUAACGGAUACCAAUUUCGAGCCUCAAUUUAUUCCUAUGGUCCAGCUGACGCCCAGCCUUCACCAUUUAGCCUGGACGCUAGCAUCAGGUCAGCAGAAGCACUCUCAGAUGCACGCCUCCAUAUCAGUGUAUAUUUCCGGGACGCUCUGGUGAAGGAAGUGACUACCUCCAGCCCAGAGGGGUGUCACAUAACUCCAGGCUCCCCAGAGGAUAAGCACUAUGUGUUGGCAGGAGGUCGUGAUGUGGUGCCCCUGCCAGUGGACACCCUCCCAGCUCAGAGGAGAGCAGAGGAGCGUCCCUCAAGUCCUUUGUCCUCCUUGGAGAGAGGGGUGUUGUGUUGGAUGGCCCCGGAUGGACUGUACGCUCGGCGGCUGUGUGAGAGCAGAGUGUAUUGGCAGGCAGGGUCGACGCCCUAUGGAGAUAAGCCUGAAAAGCUUGAGCGAGAGGUCACCUGUAAACUCCUUCACACACAGGAUUACCUCACAGAGAUCCAGAGCUACGGGCUCCACGGUCGACCACCGACUCGUUUCCAGGUUCUGCUGAGUUUCGGAGAGGAGUGUUUUGACCCCCACAGACAAAGAGCGGCCCUCACUGUCGAGGUGGAGCCCCUGUUUGCCAGGCAGCUCUUCUUCUAUUCCCAGCAAACGGCCGGACAUUUCUACCACAGCUAUGAGCAGACGGGACUCACAGAGCACUUCAGCUUCUCUGAGGACCUCCACAGGGCCAUCACACAACAUCACGGCCUGCAGGAGUGACCUGAGCAACUUCAUGUGUCCGUGAGCAAAGCACCUUCACAGAAGACCAGGCAAGGAUUUGCAUUUUAUGACAGUUUCCUCAGGACACACUUGUUUUUCCGUAUCAAGAUGGGUGGCUUGAACGCUCAUCAUGAUACAGAUUGUGAUGUUUUAGUCAUUUUAAGAAAUGCAGUCCAGCCUCAUGUUGUUGACAAUGAGAAACUGACCUAAAUGUACCUCAAAAGCCAUACAAUAACAAAACUGAUCAUCAUGCAUGGGGUCAUGUGAGAUGUGACAUAUCUUACCAAUUGAUGUACAUAAAGGACUGUAGUUCACGUUUUCAUUGGCUUUAUUUUGACUGUGUGUUUUUUGAGAGGGUACCAGUUAUGGCCAGUUAAUGACCAUAGCACUGGAAAUGUCCUGGCUGCUCAGUACAUGGCUCAAGUCAACAGCAGUCUCUCCUUGCAGACGUCAUAAUAUAAAUAAAAUACAAAGACUAUUAUCCAAAAGUCAAACCCACAGCACACUUCCUCACCCGUGACCUACUUUAAUUUUGACAAUAAUUAUAUUGUAUAUGAGUUGAAAGUUUUUCAUGGCCUUCAUGGUUAAGAAUCAGUGAUUUAAUUAAUGCCCUCACUCAUAUCGCAAAUGACUGGCGAGUGUCCAGAGCCUACCAAUCCUCCCGCUUGAAGUCAGAUGGUGGAUGGAUAGAUAAUAUGCACUAAACGUAUCUUUCUAAUUAUGUCACUUAUGGCAACAUAAUAUUGCUAUGGGCCGCCCAUUGGACUAGUGUUUAGAAUGUCGGCCACACAGUCAGUCGAUCUGGGUUUGAAUCUCCAUUUUAUGUAGACAUCUCUGUGUGGAGUUUGCACGUUUUCCCCGUGCAUGCGUGGGUUUUCUCCGGGUACUCCGGCUUCCUCCCAAAUUCCAAACAUAUGCAUGUUGGGUUAAAUUAGUGACUCUUAAAGUUGUCCAUAGUUAUGAAUGUGAAAGGUUGUUUUAUACGUGCCAUGCAAUUGGCUGGCGACCAGUCCAGGGUGUGCGCCACCUCCUGCCAAACGUCAGGUGGGAUAGGCUCUAGCAUACCCCUGUGACCCUAAUGAGGAUGAAUAAAUGAAUGAUUACUAUGAAAAUUGAUAGUAAUGUUAUUGUUUUUUUGUUUUUUUUUUAAAUAUCCUAUUAAAAUUUGUCUGUGAAUGUAUUAAACCCUUUUGCAAUGUUUUACUUAUUUUUACAUGGUAUUAUAGUAGUUGCAUGUAUCUUUCAAUAGAAGUGUGGCCAACUGUCCUCUUAUGAAUGUCGGGUAUGUAUGUAAAAGCUUUGUGCAUGCAUGUACACUGUAGCUGUUUGAUACCAUACUGACAUUUAAUAGCUUACUUCACCUCAACAUAUACUUGAGUACUACAUAUUUGCCUCUGAAAUGUAAUGGUCAGCUCAGCAAGUCAGGCUGCAGCAAUAAAUCAAGCAAUGGACAA